UUAUAUAUGUUAUUAUAUAAAGAACAUAUUUAAUUACCAUAAAGUAUUUUGUGCAAUAUAUUUAGAUCAUUUAGAUAAUGAAAAUCUUUCAAUCUUUUAGAAGAACGAACCAACAAACAAAAGUUGGUAGACGAAGUUGUAUGAGUCCAUGAGGAAGUCAAGCGGUAGCCCUAGGUCGCAAAAAGUAUUUAUAUGAAAAUUUAAGAACAUCAAAAUCUUAGUGAUUUAAUAUAGCAAACUUUGACGAUUGUUCAGAAAAAUAAGAAUUUGAUGAAAAUGUUAUUUUUUAUUUAGUCAAUAUGUAAUUUAAUUAAAUAUGUAAUUAAUUUAGCACCAAUAACAAUGCGAAUACCAGAAAACUUAAAAAAGAUGCAACUUAUUAUAUUCUCGAAUAGUGUUGAAAUGCCAGUCCGUUACAAUAGUGAACUAUUAUUGCAUUUUUACCAAAACAUAUAAUUUUUUGUAAUCCAAAGAUAUAAAUCUUAUGUUGACCAUAAAUCAGAUUUUAUUCUUGUUAACAAUAAAUAUCAUUUGACGAUCGUUAAUUGUAACGGUAGUCAAAAUGACAGCGGAUAAAAUAUAAAAUCUUAAAAUAUCAUUUUUACAUUUUCAAUUCUGAUUUCAUUCUCCUAUAUUUGCUAUUGGAAAGAAAAACAGAAGAAACUAAAGAAGAAUUAUGAAUUUUAAAGUGAAAUUCAGACUUCGUCUUAUUUCUUUUCAUAUGAAGAUGUUUUAACUGCCGUUUGUUUAUAAUAAACGGAGGUUAAAUCAAUUAUUACUGACUCGAUAGUCAACAUAAUGAGUUAAUAUGAUUUUGGUAUUAUUAAGAAAUCUACUGAUUUAGGAGUAUUUAAAAGAUUUUAUUUCUAAAAUAUAUUUUUUAUAAGAUUAUAUAUACAUACACUUAAUACAUAGCUGAAGCAAAAACAAGAAAAAAUCAUCUAGAAAACUAAGCAUAAAAUCUAUUUCUAUGGCCAUGGAUAGCUUACCUCUGAAUCUCCAAGAGGACAUUCUCUUAAGGUUAGAUCCCAAAUCUCUUGUGAUGAUGCGAUGCACGAAUAAAUCUAUGGAACAUAUAACCAAAGGUCCGAGUUUCAAAUCUCUAUACUGGUCUCGGACCGGAUCAAGUUUGCUUCACACCGGGGUAUAUGGCUCCAAAUUCUCAUGUUUCCACCCUGUUGGAGAUGUUUGGCCAUUCUGUAGCGAAGGUCCCUCAGAAUGCUUCAUCCUCGGUUACUGCUCCGGCAUUAUCUUAAUAUUCGUUCAUGAAUGUUUUUGCGUCGCCAAUCCCCUCACAAAGAAGUUCCGUUUCCUUGAUUACCACUUCUUGGAAACAAAGAAGAGCAUCGGAUUUGCAGUUGAUCAAAUCAAUGAAACCACUCAGAGGUUCAAAAUCGUCUGCAUAACGGAGGUCGCUGCUUCGAAUCCAGGUGAAACCAUGUAUGGAUUUCAUAUUUACGCAGGGAACUCAUGGAAAAUAUCAAAAACCAAGAUUACUUGUCCCUCAAGCGAUCUCAGGAGGGAUAUGAAACCGGUUUACCUCCAAGGGUGUCUCUACUGGUUGAGAAGCGAUGGAAGUAUUAUAACUUUCAAUCCCGAAACAGAGAAAGCACUUCUGGUUCCGACCAAAUUCGAUCAGCAAGUGGGAGCGAAACUCUUGCUCGGUGCUGGCGAUAACUAUCUGACAUUGAUCUUAGCAACGGAGGAAAUGGUUUACCUUUAUGCCCUCGAGAAUAUCUUCACUAAUCCUAAAUGGAUCCUCACGAGACGGAUCAAGAACGAGCCGGUGCACCAAAGAAUGCUCUCGUGCUGGUGCGUGGUGGGGUUUGAUGGUAGGCAUGUAUUGGUGAGGACGAAGGAUAAAAUAGAACAUGUAAUCUAUGGCUAUGACUUGAGAGCGAACACAUGGGAAGUCGUGGGUGUGGUUCCAGAGUGGUCCGAUGCAGGUCUUGAUAUUUAUCAGUUCAAGCCGUCGUGGUCUUCUGUAAUCGGACUACAGGAUCAGAAUAAUGGGUCCAUGCUCAGUUUCUUCACUAAGUUUAGAUACCAACGUCGAGUCUCUGUAGAGGGCAUUAUGGAGCUGAUUCAUGGCCAUUUCAGAAUUUAAAUCCGUUGAUUAGACAAGUGAAGAGGGAGGGCGCUGUUUCUUUUCCGUUUUAUGUUUCAAUUUCUGCAAUUUGCUUCCAGUACUUUUGAAUUCUGCUAAACCAUGUAACCUCAUAACUAGUUGCAUUGAAUAAAGUUUGCAUUUGUUUUAUAUUCAAA